CUUUCCUUUCAAAAAGUGAAAUCAUUUUAUUCUAUGAAAGAUACAUAUUUUAAUGUUGAAAUGACUACUCGUGCCGGGUGAUUCUUUUUGGAUUCUGAACCACUCCCCGAUUAAAAUUUGGUACCUAUUUUUUCAAAAGAUAUGGCAGUAAAUGUGUAUUCAACAAACGUGACCUCUGAAAACCUUUCCAGGCAUGAUAUGCUUGCAUGGGUCAAUGAGUGUCUUCAUAGUAGUUUCGCAAAAAUUGAAGAACUAUGUACUGGUGCGGCAUAUUGCCAAUUCAUGGAUAUGUUGUUUCCUGGCUCGGUGCAACUGAAAAGAGUGAAAUUUCGAACGAAUUUAGAACAUGAAUAUAUUCAAAACUUUAAAAUACUUCAAGCCAGUUUUAAAAAGAUGUCUGUUGAUAAGAUAGUGCCCAUCGAUAAGUUGGUCAAAGGCAGAUUUCAGGAUAAUUUCGAAUUCCUGCAAUGGUUCAAAAAAUUUUUUGAUGCCAACUACAGAGGAACAGACUAUGACGCUCUAGGUGCCAGAGGCGGAGAGCAAUUGGGCAACGGAGGAGCUAAUGCUCCAAAAGGUUCCGGCCUAAUUCGAAAAUCAGCCGUGGGUGUUCAUCAACCCGCGCCUCCAGCAAAAACUUCGAAGCCAGUAGAGCGCGCACGUGCCAUGCCUAAAGCGAACCCUGUUAGAACUCCACCGUCUAGACCGGUUCAAAAUAGGAAUGCUGGAGACCUCUCUGGCAAAAUAGAAGAUUUAACAAAUCAAAUUUCCGAGUACAAGUUAACAGUGGAAGGUCUGGAAAAGGAAAGAGACUUUUACUUUGGAAAGCUUCGAGAUAUUGAGGUUAUGUGUCAAGAAGCUGAAGAGAACAAUCCCCUGAUUCAGAAAAUAUUAGAUGUUUUAUAUGCCACAGAGGAGGGAUUUGCUUCUCCCGAUGAAAUUGAAGGGGGUGCAGGAGAUGAAGACGAAUAUUAAAAUUAUUAGCUAAAGCAAAUGUCACUUUUGCAUAAGUUGCUUUGGGUUAUUGUAAAAUGAUAUUUCAAGCUACAUUAAAUUUUAUAUCAUUUGGUUAAGUUUAUUCACUAUAGGUUUAUAGGAGUGUUACUGUAAUCCAAUAUGUGUUUUGAAAUUAUCACAUCUCCCAGAUGUUCAUGAAUUAUUAAUCAUUUCUAUUUUAUAUAAAAUUACUGCAGUCAAUAAAUCUUGUCAUAUUAUGGUUU